GAGAAGGAGGGAGGGAAGAGGUGGGCAGAGUCAGGAGAGAGAAACAAAAAACGUGACUAGGCACCCGAAGCGUCCUGUUAUGCAACAACUGACCUACUAACAUACAUUUAGCUGCUCGGGAGCGAGAAGGAGAGAGCGAAAGGAGGAAAUAAGAGAGGAAAAAAAAAAACAAAGAGAGGGAGGGAGUCAUCAUGACGCGAGGAGCGCACCAAAACAAGACGCCGUGGUUGCACUCCGGCAUCCACCGGCUCUAACACGAACAGGSACAGAGCUGCUGAGAGAGAAGGAGGAGKAGAAGAAGAAGGCUGCAGYGGACUGAAGACYGAUGGGAGAAGGCUGGACGGAGACACAUCUGCAUGCACCUUCUGUGGAUUUUAACCCUCCACGAAAACAAACAAAAACAAGGGCCUUUCAUCUUGCAGUCAACUGCAGAGAGAACAGCCAGAAGGAGGGAGAGAGCCAGGCUCCCCAAGAGACUGACAUGCUGAGCUAGACGGGCCGACCUACAUCCUGCAGUUUGUGUGGAGAUCGAGGACACCUCUACUGCAACCUUGCAUGUUCUGCUAUUCUCAAGCAAAACCUUAAAUAAACAAGCAUUCAAAACAAAGAAAACUGGAGGACUGAACUGGCCCACUUAGGGUUUGUUGAACACUGAAAAGUCAACCCUGAAAAUAGAUAAAUGAGGGCUGGUAGUUCUAAAUUUUGGCUGWUCUUCAUCAAACUUGGGAAGUGAAGUACUGUCAGUUCAACCCUUUCUUUUCAAACUGGCUACGAAUCAACAAAAAUGGAAAAUCUGACUUCAACUCUCAAAAACUYAGGGAAUAGCCUUAACAGCCCAGAGCCCUACAGUAAUUAUGAAGAGUCUAUUCCUUCUCUUCAGGGAUCGCCAGCUCGUGGUCGACUCAUCAAAACCAAGCCCAACGUCACCUGCAGGCGAAAGCGUCAGUUCAUUUCCGAUGAGAAAAAAGACGCCUCCUACUGGGAGAARCGGCGAAAGAACAAUGAGGCCGCCAAGCGCUCCAGAGAAAAGCGACGUCUGAACGACAUGGUUUUAGAAAACCGUGUCAUUGCACUGAAYGAUGAGAAUGUGAGACUCAAGACAGAGCUGCUCCAGCUGAAGCUGCGCUUUGGCCUUAUAAGCACAGCCUCCUACAUUGAAAAAAGCCAACAAAUUAGUGUGGGCAACAGCGCAGGAAAUGGAGUCUCCUCUUCAUCCUGCUCUUCUACUCAGUACUACUCCAGUGGUUAUUCCAGUGGCUCUCAGGUGAUGAUGAACUCUGAUUCCUCUGAAACAGAGCAGUCGGGUGAGGUUCACAGGCAGUUGGUGAAAUAUUCUCCACGUGGCUCCUUGUCUGACAUGUCCGAUGGUUCCUCAAGGGACAGCCCAGAACCACUGCCCUUUGAGAUUAAACAGGAGGGCGACAGAUUGGAAAUGGAUAUCACCAGUGGCACCACAACCCAGAUUAUGUUCAACAUUCACCGUGGUCUAGCCUCUGUACCCACAAACCACCAGAUCCAGCAGCAUCAAGAGGUGGAUGCUGCACAUCAGAGCCAACAGCAACACCAACCGCACCUUCUUCAGCAGCAAUCACAGCCGCAUCAGGAGCCUGUCCCCCCUAUCAAAACUGUAAGUCCCUCAGCGUCUCACCCACCUGCUGCCCAAAGGAGUGUCAUUUUGUACGGAGCCAGCAGGAUACCCCAGGAUGCAGAUCUGCAGACAGCACUAAAGCACGGCAGCAACAGCAGCCAGACUGGGAUCAGCCAACUACAACAGUCCAUUACAGAGAGGUCCAUUGAGACUCUGGCUGAGGUGACAAAACAUCUACAGAGGAAGUCAUUGGACUCCCAUCCAUUUGAGUUGCUAGACAGCAGUAAUGAGGUCAAAGAAAGACAGGUGUUCAGAUUUUGCCAACUUACACAGCUGGAGCAGGAGCAGCAGCACCCACAGGACAAGAGUGAAUCAUCUGUCAAACCGGUGAGUGAACAAAUGGAUGGGGUCUGCCAUUCUCAGCUGUAUCACCAUCUCCAGCAGCCUCAUCUUUCAUACCGCAACACACAAGAAGAGGAGCCACCAGUGCUUAGCUAUGAAGGUAGACCCAGAAAUGAGGGUUACUACCGAAGGCAAUUACUCUCUUCAAGCAAGGACACCACAUCAAGUGAAGGCGAUCCCUCUAGCCCUGACAAAGAGGUAUCCACAGAUGAUGAGGAGUCCCCMUCUUUGCCUUGCUCAGACAUGGGCAGCUAUCACAGCCAACAUUUUUCCACUAUCCUCCAGACUGAUUCACCUGUGCCUCAUUAUCAAGGCGGUUCACUGGCACAAGGCUGGGAUCCCCAGGGAGAGGUGAAGGGGACUGCACUGCCACACAAACUCAGACUCAAACACCGGGCCAUGAGCACCGGGAGCAGUGGCAGCAACAGUAGCAACUACUCAGGCCAGGACUCCCCAACCAGCCCCGCGCCUACUACGCCACCUCCUCUCCCCCAGCAUCCUUACUUGUCCCUUUCUCCACUGCAGACCAGUAAACGGGAGUUCCCAGUUGGACCUUGCAAACAGGUGGCACCAGAGGAGGUGGUGAGCAAAGAGAGUGAGAAAAAGGAGAAUGGAGGACGACAAAACAAGAGAAGAGAUUAAGUGACUUUUAGUUUCAAACUUGAGACACAGUUUCUCCUCUAAGAACUACCCUGCCGUCAUGCCUUUGCCCUAUAAUUGGAUCCCAUCUUUAAGUUCUUGGGACAGUAGUCUGGGCUUUUCUAUAGCCCCAAACUACUGAGUCAAAGAAAGACUGGACAUACUGUAGGGCUGUAUGUGAUAUUUGUAUAUAUUGUACAGAUUUGUCAUUUCUUACAUCCUCUCCAUACUUACAGAAGCACUUUUGUUUAUGUGAUGAGAGGAGGAAUGGAACUCUGUUUUUUCUACUUUUUUCUCAUUCAGCACCACCCAGCAGAGUACAAUACUAAAAGCACAUUUUGAUAGCUCGGAAAAAGAAUGUACAACUAAAGGCUACUAUAAAAUUUAAUACAUAUCCAACAUGUAGGUCUGCCUUAACUACAAUCAAAUGCAAACAUUCACUGAGGUUAUCCUCUCAACCAAAGAACACCACCAACAUCGCAAAUAUUAAGUUCCAUCCCUCUUCCCAAACCCUACCUCUACCAUCCCAUCCUGUUCAUUAUCUCCCAAAAACAAAUCACCAUCUCAUUUAUUUUUAAGCACUUCUUUUUGUAAAUAAAUGUGACAUAAAUGAAUAUAUGUAUCUAUUUUAAGCCUAUAUUUUAGAGAAAAAUAUUGAAAACAAAUUCAAGAAAAAAAAAGUUGUCAAACCUUCAAUGGUAUAAAGAGGACUCUGAAAGUGACCACCCUAUGACAAAUCACAGUUACUCUACAGUCACAUUGUCCACUGUUACUGUCAGGACCCAAUACAAGGAAUAGAUUGGCCAUUUUAAUGUUGGUCUCUUUCUAAACAUUAAAAAACAAUUAUUUGACCAAUUAUAGAGUUUUUUUGUUUGUUUGUUUGGAGAAAUUGUUUACAUGGGACAAAUAACUAAUCUGAAUAUGGAUAAGACUAAAACAAGCAAUUUUAUAAAUCAUUACAACAGCAUCAAAUUUGUGUUACACAGUUCAGCUUUUUUUACAGCAGCAGCAUGAGAGAUAUCAAGGGGUCACAUGACAUCCAGCAGGAGUCUUUUAUUUUUUAAUUGUAUUUUUGCYAAAGUAAUUGUGUAAUGCAAAAUUGAUGAGAAUAGCAAAUCCAUAAAAUGUCAAAUUAAAUUGUAUUGAUCUCAAAUUGGCUGGUUCGAAUGAAUCCAUUUCCAACACAGAUUUUCCAUUUUUAAAGCAAUUCAAUUUUUUAAGCUUUACAUCAUUUCAUGCAUACACUCACUUCAAAGUGGCUAAACUAUUCCUUUAAAAUAAACUUCAAAUGAUAGCUGAGCUUAGGCAUUAAUGUCCUGUUUACUCAAAAAUGGCCGUCCAUUUUUCAGCUGUAGCAGCACCAAACAGAGAACCAUGUUCUUCUUGAGACUAUGGCCUCAUUAAAAUAAUUGGAUUUAUAAACCUUAAAGCCUUUUGUUUCUUUGAGCUUUAUGAAUUGUAUCUUCUUGUUGUUAUCUUUCACUGGCCCAAUGUAUUUAUCUCCCUCCCAUCAACAUGCCUGUCUGUUUAAAAAAGCCCACAUGAACAUAGACAAAGAAUGUGUAUAGACCCUUUUAGAUACAUAUCACAGCCUAGGAGUUGGGAGGUUUUAUCCUGGGGAGGGAUGCUUGAGAGCAUGAGGAGGAAUUUAGUCACAUUUAUUUAAACACACUACAGUGCACUGAGUUCACAAGGAGACCCUCCUGUAAAGAGYCCUGCAUAGCUACUGUUUAAUUUUAGUGUCAUGAAAUAUGGUUUUGUAGUGUGACCAAAAUAUGACCAAGAAGGCCCAUGACGAACUAGAUUACUGAGUUGCGGUUCAGUAAAAGUUGAUGCAAACACACAACUUAGCAAACUCCAACUAAAGUCAGUUCAUGUUCCAAUAUUAACAAUAAACAUCAAAUGAGGGCCUUCCCUUAUUUCCCCUAAAUGCCUUCAUUAGGUGUUGUUUUGCAGGGGUCGUUCAUCCCCUUCUUAUAGUAGUUCUACUACUGAGUUGUGAUGAAUUGCCUUCACUGGAUUCUACAUGUCUGUGUACCAUGUUUGGCUUUUUGGUGCUUGUGUAUAAAUGUAAAGUUUCACAAACACUGUAAUGUUUGUUUCAUUGGUUUUAUAUCCCGUUUUAGUCGAGGUGAUGUUCUGUUUYCCUCUAUGCUGUGUCUUUUACUCCUACUGACUGUGAUGACAUGUAUUUGAUCCACCCCCCCCCCCCUCACUUUUUUCAGUGUGUAAUAAUCAGUAAAGUUUGUGGUUUUGCCAGUGGUUUUAAAGAUGAAGACUGGAGAGAGAAAUAAAUGGUGUGGUGUUUGGAAAUGGGUGGUGGUUGGUCUGGCUGGUUGAUACCAUGUAAAGACACUAAUGUUUCAUUGUGCAAAGAUGGGAGCAUUUCAACAAAAAUAAUAAAAAAAAGAAUAAUGUUGA